AUGGAGAAUUUUAGCAUGAAUGAUGUGAGUGAACCUAUAUUUGGGAUGUUAUUCAAUUCAGAACAUUAUGCAUAUGAUUACUACAACAGAUUUGGACGGGCAAUGGGAUUUAGUGUUAGGAAACACUUUAUGAAUAAGAGCAAGAAAGACAAGAUGACUAUAACAUCUAGGGGAUUUGUCUGUUCAAAAGCUGGUUGUCGAUUGAGUGACAAGCGAGACAUGAAUACUGUUAACCCCCGAGCUGAGACAAGAACAAAUUGCCAGGCACGAAUGAACAUAUGUUUGGUUGAUGAUGGAAAAUACAAAUGCUGUGAAUUUGUGAGGGAACAUAAUCAUGAGCUUCAUAGCACAACAACAGUUCAUAUGCUGCGUUCACAGAGGAAGAUGUUAGACAUACAUAGGCAUGAAAUUGAUUUGGCAGAUGACUCGGGGAUCAUGCCUAGAUCCACAUUUGAGUUGAUGGGUAGGCAGGCUGGUGGGAUAGAAAACCUUAGUUGUUUGACCCAAGAUGUUAGGAACUAUCUCCGCACUAAAAGACAGCGUGCCUUGACAUAUGGUGAGGCAGGUAGUUUGAUGAAGUACUUUGUUACCCAAACUAGGACCAACCCAUCUUUCACAUACUCGUUUCAACUGGAUAAUGAAGAACAAAUAACUAACAUAUUUUGGGCUGAUCCAAAGAUGAUCAUUGACUACGCACAUUUUGGAGAUGUAAUCAGCUUUGACACUACAUUUCGCACCAACAAAGAGUGUAGGCCGUUUGGGUUGUUUGCUGGAUUCAAUCAUCAUAGAGGGUGCACUGUAUUCGGGGCUGCACUUUUAUAUGAUGAGACAGCGGAAUCUUUCGAAUGGCUGUUUGAGGUAUUCGCUGAAGCACAUGGUGGAAAGAAGCCUAAAACUAUAUUCACGGAUCAAGACAAAGCUAUGGCUAGAGCAUUAAAAGAAGUGUGGCCUCAGACAUGGCAUGGAUUGUGUACUUGGCACUUAAUGCAGAAUGGCAUUACACAUUUGGGUCAUAUGAUGAAAGAUGGCUCCAAGUUUCUUACAGAUUUAAAGAAAUGCAUAUACCAAUACGAUGUGGAAGAUGAAUUCGAGACAGCAUGGUAUAAUUUGCUACACUAG